CAGAGAGACAACAUGAAGCUGGAGCUGCUGGUGGUGUUGGUUGUAGCCGUCUUGGUUCCCAGUCUGGCUGAGGGACGGCUGGUCUCCAAAUGUGAACUGAAAGGCCUGUUGGACAAGGCAGCCCUGAUUUUGAACAUGACUGAGAAAGCUGGAAAAAGUAACGUGACAAUCGAGAACUUAAUUGCUAAAAUUGUCUGCCAUGUGGAAAAGGCCACAGAUUUCAACACCAGUGUUGUGACUCAUUGGAGGUAUGGAGACCGCCAAUACCAUGAGGGCCAUCAUAGGGGUAAGAGACAUGUCGUGGAGUACCACACCUCUACCCCCCCUGCUAAUCCUAAAGAACACACUACCCAUCCUACGUCCUCCCGCAGUACCCAUCCUACGUCCUCCCACACUACCCAUCCUGAGAGCCAUCACAUGAGGGGCAAGAGACAGGUUGCGGGGGACCACACCUCCACCCCCCCUGCUAAACAUGAUAACCCCACUAAACGUCCGACUCCUCCUACCCGUGCUACGCUUCCUACCCGUACCAUCCCUCAUACCAGCCCUAAGGGUCCCAAUGGAAGCCUUCAGGAUGAAAACCACUCUACCCUCCAUACCACCCCUGCUAAGCAUGAAGACUACACUACCCAUGAUGCUCCUCCUACACCCCCUGCUAAGCAUGAAGACUACACUACCCAUGAUGCUCCUCCUACACCCCCUGCUAAGCAUGAAGACUACACUACCCAUGAUGCUCCUCCUACACCCCCUGCUAAGCAUGAAGACUACACUACCCAUGAUGCUCCCCCUACACCCCCUGCUAAGCAUGAAGACUACACUACCCAUAUCAGUACUACGGACAGUCCUAAGGUCACUAAGAGGGUAAGGAGACACGCUGGGCAUGAAUCCAACACUAAAGAGACCGUGUGGACCCUUUACGGCUUGUUCCAGCUGAGCGAUCAUGUGAUCUGUGCCUCAGGUUCCAUUCCAUCUGUGAACCUUUGCCAAAUGAAUUGCAGUGCUUUGAUUGAUGACAACCUAAGUGAUGACAUAGAGUGCAUGGAGACAAUCGGAAAGACAAUAGAAAGUGGCCAUCUUGAACAUUCAAUGGUUCUAAUGGCGAUGAUCAAACUGCUCUUCCCGAAGGAAUGUGCGAUGAACACUGCCUCCAAGUACUUCUCGAAUUGUUGAGUCAACCCCUCAAUUGCAAAAUACCGAAAUGGGUCUGUCUGUGUAAAUGUGGUGAUAGCGUGUAAAGGUUUCAAUCAGCCACACUUUCACAAAGUACACUGAAAUAGAAUGUAGCCCAUAUAGAAAAAUAAAGUUUCAUAAUCUUUUUAUGUUGUUGUUAUUGUUUCAGUUUUCAUGAACACUUGCAAAAUCUUUCAAAUAUAAAAUCAGGAUAACAAUUUUACAGA